UGCGACGGUUUGCACACGUGAAAGAGAUGGAGAGAAGAGAGGAAGACGAGGACACGAAGGCGAUUGCUCAGAGUGAAGAUCAGGAAGAACAAGACUACGACGACGAGGAGGAGAAGCGGGAAGAUGGUGAUGAUGAUGAGGAGGAGGAGGAGGAGGAGGAGGGAGCUGCUGCAGAUAAAAGAGAUGAUGAGGAUAAAGAUGUUAGUGACAAAGACGCUGCUGAGGUAAAAGAGAAGAAGAAGAAGAUAAAGAACGUCUUUCAAGACAGGAAGUGCGUCCCUGGAAUCAUCUACCUGGGUCAUAUUCCUCCGAGGUUCCGCCCCAAACACCUGAGGAACCUGCUGUCAGUGUACGGAGAGAUCGGACGCAUAUUUCUACAGCCUGAAGACAGACAGGUGAGGAAACGCAAGAAGAAGGCUGGGCUGCGGAGGUGUGACUUCACAGAAGGAUGGGUGGAGUUCAGAGAUAAACGUGUGGCUAAGAAGGUGGCGGCGUCACUCCACAACACGCCGAUGGGAACCAGGAAACGCCAGCGCUUCUCCUCUGACCUGUGGUGCAUGAAGUACCUGCACAGGUUCCAGUGGAUUCACCUGAGUGAGCGGCUGGCCUACGAGCAGACGGUCCUAAACCAGAGGCUCAGGACUGAAGUUUCGCAGGCGAAGAGAGAAACAAACUUCUACCUGAACAACGUGGAGAAGAGCGCUCGCCUGGACAAGCUGAGAAAGAAGAGGCAGCGAGACGGAGAGCAGGUGGAAGAGAAGACGUGGGACUUCACUCAGCGCCAGACGGAGGAGGAGAUCCAGAUGAAGAAGAAGAAGAAGAAAGACUCUGUUUCCCAGAAGCACCUGGACAAAGCCCGCCUCAUGGAACAGAAGAGCCAAUCGAACGUCUCGCUUCUGGCCAAAAUUUUCAACUCCAAACCGUCACAAUGACAACAGAGAGAUGCUUCAUGAACUCUUGGACAAAUGUUUCCAUUGAAAGUGUAGAUUCCUUUCCCCAGCCAAUCAAAGGCCAGUUUUGGCAGGGGAGAGGGCGGAGCAAAGGGAGUGGAGGAGAGCCAAUAUGGAGGAGCCAUUCCACUUCCUUUUCAGCUCAUUGUAUAGAAAUUGUUGUGAUUAACUUACAGGUACAGAGGUGGGUGCCCAGUGAAGCUAAUGGCAGUGCCGCUAACACGUCUGAAUUGAAAUACACAACAUUUAUAUUUAGUUUUUCUUAAAGCAAAGUUGCAUUUGCUCAUAAGAUGCUAGCAUUCUGCUAAAACAUGCUGAUUGGUCUGUCACCUCAAAGCCACGUUUCCCAGUGAUGACUACAACAGGCGUUACAAGCUUAGUUAAACCACAGCAGGAAGUUUCCAUGUGUGGAUCCGGGCUGCUGACAGAAAUUCUCUGAUACUCACUUCACAACUAAAUCAAAAGUUUGGAUGAUGUUAAGCAGAAUGCAAAGUCUCUUAAACCUUCAGAAAGAUAUUUGACUGCAGUCGAAGAUCCACAGGGCCUCAUAUGUUCCACACUACCCUGUGAGUGUCCACUGUGAACCUGGAGUGGGAGUUCUGGAUUAUAUUAAAAGAUUUUGGAAAGAUUCAA